AUGUGCUCUAGUUCUCAAUCUGCGUCCACCUUCGGGACUCUGUGUGAUUCUUCUCUUUUUAGAUGCUGCUCCUUUGGCUUUAGUUCUGGCACCUCUUUUCUUGGUCGUGCUCUGUUCUUCUUCUGCUUCUUCACUUUCUUCUUCUGUUUUCUCUUCAUCACCUUCUUCGUCUUAUCUCCAUUGGUGGUGGUUCAGGGGUUAGGACAGUCAAUUGAAGAAUUCCAAUCUCAAAAAGAAGCCGAUAAUGCUAGUUUGAAUGCUAGUAGUGUUAUACAAGGUGACAAUGCGGAACAGCUGUUCAGAAACCAUCCUCAAUUAGAUGAAACACCAUCAAUAAAGAGUCUCGUCAAACUAUGGCACAAAUAUCAUACGGACCAGAUCAUUUGGGAUUCAAGUGCUUUGAAGUCAGAAUCCAAUAAUUUCCCAUAUAGAUACCAUUUCAGAUUUGUUGACACACAUGCAUUACCACAACUCAAAAACUCUGCAGAUUCAACCACAAUUCAUUCAAACUUUGAUGAGAUUUUCUCUAGAAAAUGGAUUGAGAAAUACAGAAACAUCAUUCCUUCAUUAUUUAUAUCCUUUUAUGAACUUGAUGGGAAAUCUACUGAACCUCAAGAGAUUGAAAAAGUUGAUCUCGAGCUGAUUUCAGAAAUCAAUGCACUCAAAAACCAAUUGAGUAAAAGAAAUAUCAAGCACUUAGUCAUACUAUCUUCCUCUGCAUCGUCUCUGACCGAGCUGAGUCUUGAUGAAAGGCUAAACUUGAUAAGGAAACAGACUGGGAUGAACAAUCGAAAUUGUCUUAUAUUGCUACAAUCUUCAACCCCAAAAGAAGUUGGUGCUCUAGUCCAUUCAACUUUACAAGUGAUAAAAGCUGCAGAGUUGGAAUUUUACUCGGGUAUGGAAAAGAAAAUUAGAAGGAAAAGAGCUAAAACUAUAGGAAAUGCUAACGAUGAUUUUUCAAAAAGCUUGAUUGAGUCACGCUAUGCUUUGAAAUUGGGGUUUAUUAAUGAAUUUAAACAACAAUAUGACUAUGCUGUGAAAAGUUUUGAAAUUGCUUAUGAAAAUUUGAUUCAAAUUUUUGAAACACUAUCUCUACAAGACCCAAACUGGAGUUCUUAUAGAUUAUUGGUUGAUAUUACAAUUUUUCAUAUAGUUAAGCUCAAUUUUUAUCAAGAAGCUACAAACUUGUCAUAUAAAAAGUUUGAUGUGCAUAUCCAAAGUGUUGUUUAUUUUCUCAAACAGAAAAAUAUUUCACCAAAAUCUUAUGCUGUUUGCAAUUGGUUAUCACAACAGUUCAAAUGGCUUGCUCAACUAUCUGAUCUUGCUCCAUAUAGUCUGGUUCCAACUGAAAUACCAUACAAACCAGAUGCAAAAGAUCCCUUUUCACCUUUAGUGCUACCUCAUUCUGGUUAUCUUUAUCUUCAGGCAAUUCACCUUUUAAGAAGAAGAGAAUCUUCACUUGAAGACCCAAAUUCACUGAAAGAUGUUUAUUUUGCGGAAGUCAACACUGAUGAAUUUGAUGCAUCGUUGAAAAACCUUUUGAAUUUUGCAAAGUUGGCAUUUCAGAAAAAAGAUAACUUAUUUCCAAGAAGUGUUUCAUUCAUUAAUUUUCAGCUUGCUGAGGAGCUUUAUAAAGCAUCCGAUUUUGAAGGUGCUGUAAGAUUCUAUGAACAAUCCUUGGAACCAAUUAAAGAAGAUGAAUGGAGUUAUUUAUCAAGUACUAUUUAUUAUAAAUUGUUCAAAUGUUCGAUUGAAUUGAAAAAGCAUUAUGCUUCAAUUAUGAAUCUUUUAGAAUUAUGUUUGAUACCUGAUAAACAACUGAAUCAAUCAAAGUUAUUGAAAAUUAAAUCACUUACUGAAAAUCAAGAGAAUUUCAAAAAAAUACUUGAACCUAGUACAGAUAAAGUGCUGAUCAACGUGUCAACAGAUGAAACGUAUGAUAUUUUACAAUCAGAAGUAUUGUUCAAAAGUUCUGAAUUCUCAUUAUCUAAAUCAGCACAAUUUCAAGUGAAACUGAAAUCCAAUCUCAACCAGAUUUUGAAUGAGGUUAAAUUUAAUGAUCUUCUUAUAAGUUUCCAAGGCUCGUUUUUGCCAAUUUUGUUAAAAUGUGAUACCAAUUUGCCCUCCCAAAAUGUAUUUGCCGUUGGUGACUUAAAAUAUGAUGAAGAUUCAAACUAUCUUGUUGGUUCAGCAAAUUUAACAUUCAGUUCUUAUGAAGAGAAAAUAUUGAAAUUUGGAAUACCAGCCAAGAAAAUAGGUUCAAACACAUGUGUCUCAAUAUCAUCUACAUUAGAAUAUAAAGACUUGUUUGAAAUCAAAUUAAAUGUUCCAAUAAACAAUAAAACUUUUCAAACUCGUCAUCAUUGGUUUGAUGAUGAACACGCAAAUCGAAUUAUCACAAAUCAUACCCCUGAGUCUUGUGAAAUUGUCCCAAGAAUUCCUGAAACCAAAGUCACAGUUGCUGAAAUGAAUGAGUAUGCUGUUGUUGGUGAGAACUUCCAAAUUAAUUUGCUAGUUAGUAAUAAAGAUCACGAGGUUGUUGAUUUACAUUUAGAACCUGAGGCCAAGUUAGGUGAAUCUAGCCUUGAAAUCUCUUGCGGUGAAGGAAAAGGAAAUAAGGUGGAAAUGAAGUCAUUGGAUACUGAAAAUGAAUUGAAACAAGUGCUUUCGUUGAUUGUGCCUAAUUCCAUUGAUGACCAAUCUGAAAUUGUGGUCAGUAUUAAGGUUACUUUUUUCGUUGGUGGUGAUUAUGAUGUUCCGAUAGUUAGUUGGUUAAAAACAAAGAUUAAGGUUGUUGACCCUUUCAAGAUUUCUCUUUCAUUUCUACCAAGAAUCGUUGAUGAUGACAUUCCUUCAUUGUUUGUGAUUAGGGAUAAUGAUCCAAAACUUCCAAAGCCUUCGAGACAUUGGUUGACAAAAGUUGUUGUUGUUAAUGAUUUGAGUUCUGAUAUUGAAUUAAUUGGUGAAGAGCUUACAUUUGUCUCAAGUAAUAAACAUCUUAUUUGCAGAGAAAUUGAUGAUAAAGUUGAGACUUCAAAACAAGGUGAUAAGAUGGUUUCGGAUCAUUUCAUUGAAACUGUUAUUGAAAAUGGUCAUACCUAUAGAAAUAUUACGUUUGAUUCAAUGUUGACCUUAAAAUACAAAAGAAAGGAUUCAAAUGCAAUCAAUGAAUAUCAAAACAAGCCAUGGAAGUUCACUUUACCAUUACUUGAUCCAAGAGUUCUAUUGGAUAUAGAGACCAAUCAAGAUAGCAAAGAUGUUAAACUUGUCUUCAUGAUCGAGAAUCCAACAACAAGAAUUUUUUCAUUUGCAGUGAGCUUGGUUGAAAACCAGAAUUUCCAAAUCACAGGAACAAAGACACAAAAUCUUUCAGUUCUUCCAUACACAAGACAAAAAGUUGAGUUUCAUGCAGUUCCGUUGGCUUCUGGUUGGGUCAAUCUCCCACAGUUGACAGUCUAUGAUCUCAACUACCGUGUGAAUCUUCCAACACUACUGGUCACAGACAAGGCACAGACCCACAACAGAGAGAUAUUCAUCCAUAUACAAUAG